UGAUACAACAAAUCAAAGGGGUGUGUAAGAAAAUAGUUUCGUGUAAUGGAUCAGGAGGAGCAAGAUAGAGCUUUGCCUAUUGCAAAUGUGGGUCGAAUCAUGAAGCAAAUUCUUCCUCCUAGUGCAAAGAUCUCCAAAGAAGGGAAACAACUAAUGCAAGAGUGUGUGACAGAGUUCAUAAGUUUUGUGACAAGUGAGGCAUCUGACAAGUGUCACAAGGAGAAUCGCAAGACCGUAAAUGGGGAUGACAUCUGUUGGGCUCUAAGUUCAUUAGGGUUUGACAACUAUGCUGAGGCCAUAGGAAGGUACUUGCAUAAAUACAGGCAAGCUGAAAGGGAGAAAAUCAAUCAGCACAAGCUUCAACCAAAUACCACCAAAUUACAAAACUAUGAUGAAUCAGCCUCAAAAACUGAUAACCAAUCUAGGGUUACUGACAAGGUUGAAAACCCUCUUACUACAAAUCAAUCUGGAUGAAUACAUAGCUCUUGUGUCUUUCUGAAGAUUGAACAAGGUGAUGACAAGAAGAACUACACUUCUAAUUUUCUUGGAUAUGAUUGUGAGGUAAUUUUGCAACUAUACAUCUGGUCAAAAAAGGGAACUUCCCCUUCUAUCUUCUUUUAAAUAGUGUAUCACUAUCCAUAUCACCACUGUAUUCAGCUUCUGUAAUGUUGUAUAUUAUAUGAGUAUUGAGAAUAGUGUCUCUGAAUUUUCAACGAUAAUCAUUAAUAAAAAUGAUCUGAUUCAUCUGGGCAUGGUCAGUUUAUGGAAGGUGUUUGCUUCGAAAUGAAAUCUUGCCUCUUGGGCUGAUUAUUAGUCCGCAUGAGGUUAUUGUGAAGAUUAUGGAACUGCAGAUUUCUAAGAUCCUUAUCAAAACAAGAUUGUCAUGUUCAAACUUAUAUAUAUUGGGUUGAUGACUUUAGCUUCUAGCUAGAUCCAGCUUAUAUAUAUUGUUAGC